AUGUCUCACUCGAGUUCCGCUUCAGAGGGCGAGCUCCCCGACACCCGACACAAGGCAAACACAGUCAACUCGCGCAACGAAUCUGCGAUUAACGGCUCAAACAGGUCCUUUGGACUAGAUGGUGCUCAUGAGAAAUACCGCGCCCGGAGUCGUUCUCCUUCGCCAUAUCGCCGUAAGCGAACCCCGUCACGAUCGCCUUCGCCAUUUCGGAAGAACCGUGCAGCCGACCGCUCGCCAUCGCCAUAUCGACGGAGCCGAGCCGAACAGAGUGGCAGUGAUACCCGGGGCUACAAGCGCAAGGCUUCUCCGCCACGCGGUCGUCCCGACAAGCGUUACCAUGCUGAUCGUAGCAGACACGGUGAGCCUCGACGGGCUACAGGCCAGCCUCCAGUAGCGUUUGCAAGAGAGCGCAAAGACGUCAUAGAUAGAUCGCAUGCGAAGCCAAUCUCAUAUGCCGAGGUUGAGAACCCUAACCCAGUCCCCAACUUCCGCGAAGCACUCCCCAUAGAGAACCAUCGUCAGAGCCCACGAGACAAAGACCAGGAGCAAACCAAGACUCGCAGGCCAAAUGAACAGGAGCAGCAGAAACCGUCCGAGAGCGCGAAGAUAUCGGUUGCACAGGCUAGCGUAUCUGAAGAUGUUGAAAUGAAAAUGGAUGAUGAUACCACUGAUUUCACCCCAGCCCCUGUCCAAGACAAAGUACCUACCCAGGAAUCGCGCGAGGAGAAGCGCCGUCGUUGGGCUGCCAUACGUGCUGCUACUGAGCAACAAAAGAGCAAAGAGAACCUCUUGCAACAAGCCAUUCUCACUAAUGCUUCAGAAGCGAAUACGCCUAACAACGCUUCGCCAGCAGCAUUUGCAGAUAGUCCCAUAUCUCCUUUUGCAUCACCCCGGAAUGGCGACUUUGAAUCUGCACCAGCAUCACCUGACGUUAUGGUGAUUGACAAGCAGGGAGAAUUCAGCGAGGGAAACAGCCCGGCGGCAGCGAGUCCAUCGGCAGCAGAUUAUGACCCUAUGCAGGACAUGUUGGACGACCGGAAUCGAGCAGCGCAGAAGAACCAAAAUGCCGAAGUCUCUUCGGAUGCAUAUCGUGAGACCGACCCGAAGAAUCUUUCGACUUUGCCGGCUGAGAAGGUGGCGCCUGUCAAGAAACAAAAGAAGGAAUUCGACAUGUUUGCGUCUGAUGAUGAUGAGGACGAAGACGAAGAUGUGGAAACUGAGGCAAAUGUUGCUGCGAAAGGAACCGUUCUCGAUGAAAAGUUACUGGACAACUGGGACGAUCCUGAGGGAUAUUACAAGCUGAUCAGUAAUGAGUUGGUAGAUGGUGGACGUUAUCGAGUGAUCAAGGGUCUUGGCCGUGGUGUGUUUGCCAAUGUCGCACAAGCGGAAGAGGUGGGAACAGAUAAUGGAGACGCCAGUCCAAGGAUUGUCGCCAUCAAGAUGAUUCGACGCAACGACUUGAUGCGGAGAGCCAGUCAAAAGGAAAUGGACUUUUUGCGCAAAGUCAACGAAGCAGAUCCUCAGGACAAACGCCAUAUCAUUCGGUUGUUGGGUUCGUUUGAUCAUAAGGGUCAUUUGUGCAUAGUCUUCGAGCACAUGUCGAAGAAUUUGCGAGAUUUGCUGAAAGAGGAGACCAACGGUCAUGGUCUGACACUCCCCGCGGUGCGGAUAUAUGCACGCCAGAUGUUCCUUGGUCUUCAGCACUUGCAGAAUUGUCAAGUCAUUCACCUUGAUCUGAAACCUGAUAACGUUUUGGUCUCUGCUGACAAGAAGACGAUCAAGCUUGCCGAUUUUGGUACCGCCGUGGACAAGCGAGACGUCAUUGAACGCACAGAGUACCUUGUCAGUCGAUUCUACCGUGCACCCGAGAUUAUACUUGGCAUGGACGUAGGAUACCCCGUUGAUAUGUGGGCUGUAGGCUGCACAGUGUACGAACUCUGGACCGGCAAGAUUCUCUUCACCGGGCGAUCCAACAACCAAAUGAUCAAGUCAUUCAUGGACUGCUUGGGAUGGCCAAGCGAGAAGCUACUCAAGAAAGGUCUCGUCAACAACGUUCUCGACAACUUCGAACUCGGGCCACCCCUGAAGUUCAUCAGCCGCGAAGUCGACCAAUUCAACAAGUUCUCCAUCCGCAAAAUUGAACAACAAAAGAAGAUCCCCCGCGACAUGAAAACCCGCGUCCACGACGCCGCCCGCAACAUCUCAAACGGCGGCCCCACAGCCGCAGAGCUGAAUGAUCUAGCUGACCUGCUAAGCGCAACCUUGCACAUGAACGUGGAAAAGCGUCUCACGCCCAAGGAAGCGCUGGCGCACAAAUUCUUCGCCAGUAAGACGGCUGCCCCGGCUAAACCUCCUGUCCCGAGCAAAUCGGCAGUGGUCAAGCCGCCCAUGAUGAAGCGUGGUACCCCGGUUAACUCGUCGGGUAUUCGGAGGUGA